AUGUCAGAAUCCGAAACGCAGUUCCCUGAAACUAGGGACGAUUCUCCCGAUUACAGUUCAGCCCGCAAACAGCGACGAACGGCCAGCUUUGCCCAAGAAGAAUUUAUCGGGUUGCAAUCGAUGAACAAAUCUGCAACGUUUUCCCCAAUGGCAGACUCGAACCCGUCACAAAACAAAUCAAGCCCAGAUCCAUUCGCGCCGAAAGCGAAACAUGGGGUGUGUUUCACUCCUGAAUCGGACAACGGAAAGGAUCGUGCCCUGCGAAAGUCGCUUUCUCGUGUGCCGACGCCACACCCCAGGGAAUUCUCCGAGAUGAUCCGCAAACAGCAAGAAGCUGAGGACGAAGAAGAAGACAAGAAAGACGAAGAUUUGGAUUAGGACACUGAAAACGAGGGAGUGUUCACUUGUGGUAGCGGCUGUUCGCUCGAAUCUCCGUGGCGCGAUAUAGCUGCUCGUAGAGGAACAACCGAACCUGACGCACGAGUGGGACACAAAGAAUGUACAUUAAUGUUAGCUACUCUGUGAAUAUGAAGAAACCAAAAAAGGGCUUCCCAGCGUGACGCGAUGCGAUCCCUUUGCCGCCCUCACCAUUUUAUGCGUAAAUGUGAGAGGCCCCAAGCUCAACAACCUCGCGUUCCCGCUCGCCUGUACUACAUCCCGAACAUCCUUGGAAAUGCCCGCAGCAUCGCCAAUGACGAACGCGGCCCUACUCCCACCCUCCUGAAGGGCUUCAUACAACCGCUCCGCAAAAUGGAUGCUAUCCCUCGGCAUGCCGCCCUUCUCGUCCAGCACGAAAACCGGAGCGCGCCGCGCGAGGUCUGCGACGGUGCGCGCAGCGUGCUCCGGCUUGACCCAACGCGAGGACACGGAGAGCACGGGCGACAUGCGCUUCGACAGCUCGGUGAUCGAGGCGUCAAACACGCUGUCCUUGCCGGAGCGCUUGCAUAGCGUCACGACUUCUACCUGCAGCUUGGCACGUGGACGCGGUGUCGGUCGCGAGGCGAGGCGACGAGAUUGCCGAAGCGAGCGGUGGCGAAUGGUCGGGAGGAGGAGGGCACACGGAUGGCAAGGGAGGAAGGCAAACAUUACUACCGUGACAGCAUUCGCGGCAGAGCUGAAAGGGAGUGAUUUGAUGUAACGAACAGAGGUUUAGAGCCGAAGACGCCCUCUACAUUUCCUCGCAAGGCCGUCCAUAUUCUGACCUCCAGAAACAUGUUUACAGACCACGGCAGCGACGACACUGCUAGUUCCCGAAGUGUAGUAGGGGUCAUGACCCCCCAUCCCCCAUCUUUGUAAAUUUUCUAGAAAACAAGAUCGUCCGCAU